CUGAAUCAUUGUUGAGCUGACUCUGGUACAGUUCAUUGGAGAAAUCUUCGACAACUCAAAAUGCAAAUCUUCGUCAAAACUCUCACCGGCAAAACCAUCACGCUCGAUGUCGAGCUCGCCGACACCAUUGAGAAUGUGAAGGCUAAAAUCCAGGACAAAGAGGGAAUCCCUCCGGAUCAGCAACGUCUGAUCUUCGCUGGAAAACAGCUUGAAGACGGCCGAACCCUUUCGGACUACAACAUCCAAAAGGAGUCGACGCUCCACCUCGUCCUCCGCCUCCGAGGAGGAAUGCAGAUCUUCGUGAAGACGCUGACCGGAAAGACGAUCACGUUGGAGGUCGAGUCGUCCGACACGAUCGAAAACGUGAAGGCCAAGAUCCAAGACAAGGAGGGCAUUCCCCCCGACCAGCAGCGACUGAUCUUCGCUGGCAAGCAACUUGAGGACGGACGAACCCUCAGCGAUUACAAUAUCCAGAAGGAGUCCACGCUCCAUCUCGUGCUUCGUCUGCGCGGAGGAAUGCAGAUUUUCGUCAAGACCCUCACGGAAACCAUCACCCUCGACGUGGAGGCCUCCGACACGAUUGAAAACGUCAAGGUCAAACUCCAGGACAAAGAGGGCAUUCCUCCCGACCAACAGCGUUUGAUCUUCGCUGGAAAGCAACUCGAAGACGGUCGCACGCUCAGCGACUACAACAUCCAGAAAGAGUCGACCCUGCAUCUGGUGCUCCGUCUCAGAGGUGGAAUGCAGAUCUUCGUGAAGACACUGACUGGAAAAACAAUCACGCUCGAAGUGGAGCCUUCGGACACGAUCGAGAACGUCAAGGCGAAAAUCCAAGACAAGGAGGGCAUUCCUCCCGACCAGCAGAGGUUGAUCUUCGCCGGGAAGCAACUCGAGGACGGUCGCACGCUCAGCGACUACAACAUUCAGAAAGAGUCCACUCUGCAUCUCGUACUCCGACUCCGUGGAGGAAUGCAGAUUUUUGUGAAAACGCUCACCGGAAAAACAAUCACCCUCGAGGUCGAGCCCUCCGACACCAUCGAAAACGUCAAGGCCAAGAUUCAGGACAAGGAAGGAAUUCCGCCUGAUCAACAGCGACUGAUCUUCGCCGGCAAACAACUCGAAGAAGGACGAACCCUCUCCGAUUACAACAUCCAGAAGGAAUCGACGCUUCACCUGGUGCUCCGCCUCCGCGGAGGCAUGCAGAUCUUCGUCAAAACCCUCACGGGUAAGACGAUCACGCUUGAAGUCGAACCGUCCGACACGAUCGAGAACGUGAAGGCGAAAAUUCAGGAUAAGGAGGGCAUCCCGCCCGACCAACAGCGGCUCAUCUUCGCUGGCAAACAGCUCGAGGACGGUCGCACCCUCCUGGACUACAACAUCCAGAAGGAAUCCACCCUCCAUCUGGUGCUGCGCCUCCGAGGAGGUAUGCAGAUCUUCGUCAAGACCCUCACGGGCAAGACGAUCACGUUGGAGGUCGAACCUUCCGACACGAUCGAAAACGUCAAAGCCAAGAUCCAAGACAAGGAGGGAAUUCCUCCGGAUCAACAGCGACUCAUCUUCGCUGGCAAACAGCUUGAGGACGGUCGCACGUUGUCCGACUACAACAUCCAGAAGGAAUCCACCCUGCAUCUGGUCCUCCGUCUUCGCGGAGGCAUGCAGAUUUUCGUCAAGACCCUAACGGGCAAGACGAUCACUCUGGAGGUCGAGCCCUCUGACACGAUCGAAAAUGUCAAGGCAAAGAUCCAAGACAAGGAAGGCAUCCCACCGGACCAGCAGCGUCUGAUUUUCGCUGGUAAACAGCUCGAAGACGGUCGCACGCUGUCCGACUACAAUAUCCAAAAGGAGUCGACCUUGCACUUGGUUCUCCGUCUCCGAGGAGGCAUGCAAAUUUUCGUCAAGACCCUCACGGGUAAGACCAUCACGCUCGAGGUUGAACCGUCGGACACAAUCGAGAACGUCAAGGCAAAGAUUCAAGACAAGGAGGGCAUUCCGCCCGAUCAGCAACGUCUCAUCUUCGCCGGGAAGCAGCUCGAAGAUGGCCGCACCCUCUCGGACUACAGCAUUCAGAAGGAAUCGACUCUUCAUCUCGUCCUUCGUCUGCGAGGUGGCAUGCAAAUCUUCGUGAAGACUCUCACUGGAAAAACGAUCACGCUCGAGGUCGAAGCGUCCGACACCAUCGAGAACGUGAAAGCCAAAAUCCAGGACAAGGAGGGUAUCCCGCCCGACCAACAGCGACUCAUUUUCGCUGGAAAACAGCUGGAGGACGGUCGCACUCUGAGCGACUACAACAUCCAAAAGGAGUCGACACUCCAUCUCGUGCUUCGACUCCGUGGAGGCAUGCAGAUCUUUGUGAAGACCCUCACCGGGAAGACCAUCACCCUGGAAGUCGAGCCGUCGGACACCAUCGAGAACGUAAAGGCAAAGAUCCAGGACAAGGAGGGGAUUCCCCCAGACCAGCAGCGUCUUAUUUUCGCUGGCAAGCAGCUCGAGGAUGGUCGCACAUUGAGCGAUUACAACAUCCAAAAAGAGUCCACCCUCCACCUGGUUCUUCGUCUGCGUGGUGGGAUGCAGAUUUUCGUCAAAACCUUGACGGGAAAAACCAUCACUCUCGAAGUAGAAGCCUCUGACACCAUCGAGAAUGUCAAGGCCAAAAUCCAAGACAAGGAAGGAAUCCCCCCGACCAGCAACGUCUUAUUUUCGCUGGCAAACAACUCGAAGACGGCCGUACCUUGUCGGAUUACAACAUCCAGAAAGAAUCUACGCUCCAUCUCGUUCUUCGUCUUCGCGGCGGUCAGUAGACGAUCACGAAAACUGCUAUACGCCUCAUUCUCUUGGAAUCGGUCGACAUUCAGAGCUACGAAGAAUAAAAAGCCAAAAAAAAGAUUCAAGUCAAAAACCGGUCUCGUUUUCGAGCUCCGUCCCUCCCAUGGGGAACGGAAGCUGAGACUCAAAAAUCGAUAGAAUAGAACUCCAAAUACAGCUGAGGAAAUACAGUCAAAAUGCGUCCGCUUUUAGAUCAUAAUAAAAUAGUCCUGAAAGUAUUUCAGA